AUGGACCCAACCGAAGAGGAGCUCAACAACAUGGAGACCAUUGACGACGUGGCAGACUGGGCCGGUCUUGAGGGCCCUUUGAAAGAGGGUCUCCUCAAAGAUCUCGGCACCCCGACGAAACUCAGGGACAUUGCAUUCAUCACACGCCCGGUGUGGGACGCAGCACUUGUCCUCCUGAGGGUACCGACAGCACCAGCCAAUCCAGGCGACCCACCAGGUCAACGUGAACCCACACCAGUGGAGGGCUCGAGGCUGGAAAUCUUUCGACGGGUGGUGAUGCUCCGGAUGCAGAUGACGCCCGACACACCGGGGGAUCCGGGUAUACAACGCCCUGGGGUUGCUACAACUCCGGCACAGCCCCCGUCCAGUUCACAAGGUUCCCCAACGAGGAAGAUCAAACUGUCAGUGGUCAUUGACCCAACUCUGGACUCAGAGGUGGUCCAGUUGGAACAGACCGCUGUCAGUGCAAUGUACGCCAAGUACAAAAGCAGGUUCGGUGAUCACCCAUCGCCGGAGGUUGAGCCGAGCAUCGACCAAUUGUCGGCUUUGGCACAACUGUUGAAGGCGAACGCCACGCCAUACGCGGACAUGUCACUGUGGGGUCCACAUGGGCUCAGAACGCUGCGUAAAGCGGUGUUCAAGAGCUACGUGUUGAAUGCGGCAUCGGGGGAAUGGAGCAAGAAAGAAGCCCCUGGCCCAGAGAGCAUCGUCGCCUGGGAAAAGUGUUUUAAAACAUACAAGGUGGCGAUGGUGCUCUUGGAGGCUGCGGACCCCGAGAGGCUCGAGGCCUACAUGGAACACGUCAAGGAGUUCCACAAUCGCUUCGGGCCAGCAUGCUGGGGGAUCAUAUACCGUGCAGACACCCGCAUGCGGUCCGAGUACAUGGAGAGAAUCCGGCGGGCGCUGGACGAUGACCCACGGCAUGGGUAUACACCCGCCAACCCUUGGGCUGCCAUCUUCGCGGAAGCGGUCCGGGAGCAAGAUUUCUGGACAAGGGAAGUGAUGACCCUAAGCACACUGCUCUUGGCCCGCAACAAGUCCAUAGCCUGUGGGCUGAGCUCGGACUCCUCGAUCGAGUCGGCCCCAGAGCGGCCAUCGCCAAAGAGGAAGAAGUCCUCGAGCCCGAAGCUCAAGAAGAAGAAGGCAAAGAAGAAGUACACGGGGGAAGACAAGAGCAAGUGGGACGACAACAACAAGGUCUUCUCCCUCAACCGCAAGGGCCUUCAGAUUUGCAUCAAGUUCAACAAGGGGCAGUGCGGCAAUGGCAAGCCACAGUCAAGCGAGGGUGAGGCAGCACCUCCUACCCUUGCCGGUGACACUGCAUCAGGUGCAAAGCGCUCCAAGCGCAAGAAACAGCCUGAGUCGGAUCCCAGCGCACCGCCCGAAAAGAAAGGGCGCAAAGAAGAAAGCCCCAAGGAGAGGGCUGCGGCAUCCUCUUCAGGGGUGAAGCUGGUUCCAAGAAACCAGAGACCGUCCAGGUCACCACUGCAAAGAAAGCGAAGGCCAGUGCAGGCCGCACCGCAUCGGCAGGGGCCAAGCCAGCUGCCCAAGCCGCCAAGCUGGCACCCGUACCGGUACGGGGCGACAAACGUCCCGCCAGAACAGUGGGACCACAGGCCCAGGGCACUGCUGCUGUUCAGCGGCAAGUCCAGGGAAGGCGACAUCGCCAGCUAUCUUGCAGCAGGAGGAUGGAUAGUGGUGGUCGUCGACAUUGUGGGCCCCACCACAUGCGAUGUUCUGGACUCCGACAAUUACAGGCUCAUUCUGAAAGAAGUUCAGGAUGGCGUAUUCGACUGCGUGGGUAUUGCCACGCCUUGCGAGACGCUGUCACCCCUCAGGGAGAAUCCCCCAGGCCCCAAGCCAUUGAGGGACCUGGCUCAUCCUGAGGGUCUCGGCCGUAAGAAGCUCUCAAAGGCCGAGCAACAGCAGCUCGCUCAAGCAAAUCAGAUGUUCGAGCUGUCAGCGGAGGCGGUCAAGUAUCAGCUCAGGGCUCAUCGGUCGUUCUGGCUGGAGAAUCCUGACCAUGGAUCCAAACUUGACUUCUGGAAAACGAAGUGGGGCAUCGGCAUCGAGAAGCACGCACUGGUGCUCAAGGCGGCCUUCGACCAAUGUAUGUUCGAUGCAGAGGUCACCAAACCGACCAAGCUGGCACACUUCGACAUGGACCUCACCGAGUUGAGAGGCAUCAGGUGCACACAUCAAAACCGCACCUGGACCAAGCCUGACGGCUCAGAGUACAAGGCCAAGCACGAAAGCCUUGUGCAGAGGUGGCGCACCAACGAGGGAGGCAACAAAGAAAGGGCGUCCAAGGCAUUGGGAGCAUACCCACCGAGCUCCCCUGAAAGGGGGGCGCUGAAGGUCCAGCCGGGCCGCAUCUGGAAGACGCAAGUGCGCAUUACAAAGGCACUUCUGGGGGGGCAGAAAACCGUGCCCCUCGACAAAGCGUUCGUCGAGAAACUCAGAGAGCUGGUGGUGGGCUUGCUGGCUCCGGCCGGCGUCCAACUACCCCAGAAGUGCACGAGGGCGUCAACGCCUAUCUCGGCGGAGGUGCUUUGGGCCUGGGGUGAAUUCACAGAGGACCCCGACGCCAAGCUGCUGGCCACCUGGCUGAGAGAAGGAGCCCCACUGGGCUAUUCACAACCGAUACCCUGCACAGGGGUAUUUCCCAGGGUCACAGGACCACAUUGGGAAGAGGAAGCGGCGAAUCAGCUGGCCAGGCAAUACGAGGGAUGGAAGAAUCACCCAUCAGCUGACGAAUGGCAGGAAGACUUCGCCAUACUAGUUGCAGAGGCUCAAGCAAAAGGCUUCAUCUCCCUGUUCGACACCCGAGGAGGCCGCAACGUACCUCGGCCGUUGGCCGGUACUCAACAAGCUUGGCCUUAUCGUGAAAGUGAAGGGCUAACCGACGCAGCGGCAGAUGCAGUCGCUAUCCUCAGAGCCGGGGGCACACCAGUAUUCUUCGCGAUAGACAUCGAGAACGCGUUCCACAAUGUUCCGGCAGGGGAGGACAAAGCGUUCACGGCAGCUGCCAUUGAAGUGAACGGCCAACAGAAAGUACUGGUGUAUGACGUGCUCGUUUUCGGAGCAGUCUCGUCACCGACUCUCUGGGGACGCUUCGCCUCGUGGCUGGGCAGAACUUUGGCGGCCGUCAACCCGGCAGUGGCAUGCCAGAUCUAUGUCGACGACCCCAUCAUGGUCUUCGACUCCAGCGACCCGAAGGGGGACAAACAAAUCACGGUCAGCAUCCUCUGGGCGGCCGUGGCGGGUUUCCCAAUCAAAAUGGAGAAGACAGAGUCAGGUCAUUCAGUGAAAUGGAUCGGCGCAGAAAUGCGCAUAUUACAGGAGGACAGGGCGGUUUCCAUAACCAUUCCAGCCGACAAGGUCUCGGAGGUUGUGGAACGCAUCACGAAAAUUAUGGCGAGACCGGUAGUGGGCAAGAAGCAAUUGCAAUCGCUAGCCGGUGCACUGUCAUUCUUCGCAAGCGUCGUCCCAUUGAUGCGCCCGUUCCUGGGGGGCAUCUGGGCGGUGUUGGCGACUGAUGAUGGCCCUUCCAGGGCCAGAAAGCUCGUUCACACCAAACGGAUUGCCCACUCCAUGGAAUGGAUCCUCGCGCUAUUGGAAGAAUCGACUGUACCGUUCACUCGAGUGGUGAGGUCAGUCAAACCUAACUCAGGUGCCAUAAUCAUAACCGAUGCCUCGACUUGGGGCAUGGGCGGAGUGCUACUCAUGGGAGGGGCGGCCAUUGAGUAUUUCAGCUGCCCCAUUCCCUUUCAGUUCACAGUGAAGACAGGAGCCAUUCCCGGAAUACCAAAACACAUGGCACUCUGGGAGGCUCUCUGCCUGCUCUUGGCGGCUCGCAUCUGGUUAGUGCGGUUCCCCAUUGGCUCAGUGGUCCGUGUAAAAGCGGACAACAUAUCGGCCCUUUACCUACUCGCGAAGGGUAAGGCCAAAUCACCCGAACUGCAGGUGGUUGCCAGGGAAAUAGCACUCGACCAGGCCAAGGAGAGAUAUGAGGUCACUAUACUCCAGCACAUCAACACCAAGCUCAACAUCACAGCCGACCCGUUGAGCAGGCAACACGACCCAGUGCCGCCUCCUUUUCCUCAAGAUCGCCUCGGGGAAGCCAAACGGAUUCCCAUCGAGGUAGGUCCCGACUUUUGGCAAAUCCGUGAACUCGGACGCGGAAAAAGUGCGGCGGGUUACCUGAGGCCAGCUACUGCUCACGACGAGCCCAAGAAGCCUAAAGGGUUCAGGCCCUUGGCAGAAGGGCCAGUCAUUUCGUCUCGUGCCCCCGUUGCCGAUGGUAUUGACAACAAGGCAGCCAGCUCCGGACCCCGGGAGUGCAUGGAGCACAUUGCCAAGCGGGCCCGUGCGGCUAACUCCCAUGGACCAACAUUGUCUAGGGAGCGCACCUGGGAAUCUGUAGCAAAGGCAGCCGGGUACGAUCGCGCUUUUGAUCUCGUCCCCGACCUGAUAUAUUCUGUCAUGGGGGCCCUGGACAAAGCAGGGUACAGGUCAGCCGAACUGUACCUCGAAGUCGCGAAGCAAAGGCACAUCGAAAAAGGGCAACCCUGGACGGCACAGCUAGCGCUAGCGGCUAAAUGCGCCAAGCGUGCGUGCCAGCGGGGCAGAGGGCCAGCAAAGCAAGCUCAACCCUUGCCCUUGGCCGAUGUUUCCACUCUCACCGACGUAAGCAACCCGCUUGCGCCAGGGGGCCCGGAAUGGGCCGUCCGGUCAACGGUGCUUGCGUCCUGGUGGUUGUUGAGGGAAAUUGAAGCCAGCAACACGCUGCUAGCGCACGUGCAAGUGGAUCCUAGAGAAAAGUUAAUAAAAUGCAAUUUGCCGUCCAGUAAAGCAGACUGGCGCGCGUUGGGCGCCACUCGCACCCACACAUGCUCCUGCGCGGAGCAAGGAAGCCCAGCACUCUGUCCAUACCAUCUCAUGGUGGAACAAGUGAAAUGGGCCAAAGCAAAAAGGCAUUCGUUCCUCUUCUGUACAGAAACCGGCGCUCAGACGACCAAGUCAGGCUGGGCCGGCACGUUUGAGGCGAUUGCCCAAAAGCUGAAGCUGAAAUUGGUCGGCCCCACUGGGCUUCGACUAUUCACAGGCCACUCAGCCAGGGCCACGGGAGCCGUACACAUGGCUCGCACCCAAAUCGAACUUUGGAGAAUCCAAUUGUUUGGUCGUUGGGGAUCCGAAAUAUUUAAACAAUAUGUAAGAGACGCUCCCCUCGAACAGCUCCAUGGUUUGGCCCAAGAAGUUUCGCUCAAGGCCAUUCUGGCGGCCACCAAAGAAGCCACGGCAGCCGCAACCGGCCUUGCCCACCAGCCGGUUGAAGCCUUGGCUGACUGCGAGGCGGCAGCAAUCAUCGAACCUCCGGCACCAGAUCCACCGGAGAAUGAUGUACUUUUUGUUAGAAACCGCUCUUCGAGAGGCAAAGUACACUUGGCGGCACGCCACGGAAACACUUUGCCACAUUACCUGUGGCGUACAAAGUGCUUUUGGCAUUUUGCCCGUGGCCAAGCCGACUAUGCCCUUCUCAAAGAAGGUGGGAGCUUCACCUCGGCCUUGGUGGCCAUUUUGGCUCAAGGAAUUGAUGAAAAAGCACUGUACUUGGCAAUGACACGCGUUGAGAAGAAUUCGGCCCAGGCGCACAAGCUUGACACUGAGGCCACGCUUCAUACCUUGCCCAAACUUCAACUGGCACAUUCCAGGAUCAGCCGGUCACCCGAGCACGAUUGGCUGGCACCAGCUGGUCAGUCGAGCCUUACGGUUUAUCCACCGAAGGAGAACCGUGGCACUGGCCUUCCGUGUCGUGGAGCGAAGGUCCGGUUUACCAUGGAUCCAACCGAAGAGGAACUCAAUAACCUCAACACCUUGGAGAAUGCAGCCGACUGGGCAGGCACGACAGGUGCGGUCCACGACCAUCUCAUGGGGAAGUUGGGCAAACCGUCCAAGCUGCGGGACCUGGUCUUCAUUGCCCGUCCUGCGUGGGAUACGGUGGUGGCCAGCCUCACGAUCAAAGAGCCUCAAGCUGAUGGUACAGAGGCCGAGCGAGACUUGACCCCUGUGGAAUUUUCACGGGUCGAGAUCUUUCGCCGGGUGGUAUUCCUGAGGCUCAAGGUCAAUCCAGAUGGACCUGGUGGUGCAGGCCCUCCACAGCCGAUUGUGGGAGCGGCCCCAUUCCCAGGCACUGGAGGAGGACAAGGUCCAUCAUCUCCGACAAGAAAGCUUAAACUGAGUAGCAUCGUAGAUCCCACACUCGAUGCAGAGAUCCUGCAAUUGGGCCAAGAAGAAAUUGCAGAGAUGUUCUCCAAGUACAAGUCCAAGUUCGGCGAUGUCCCGUCAGCAGACGUGGAACCCAGCGCUGAUCAAAUAUCAGCAAUCAAACAGCUUCUUACCAGUGGAGCUCUGCCGUACAUAGACAUGUCAAUCUUCGGGCCACACGCCAUCCGGUCGCUGCGCAGGAGUGUGUUCUCCUCCUACACCCUGAAUGCGGCGACUGGGGAGUGGUCGAAGAAAGAGAGCCCAGGUCCGGCUACUCUCCAACAAUGGGAGAAGAGCUUCAAGACCUACAAGGUGGCUAUGCUCUUGUUGGAGGCUGCAGAUGCGGAGAGACUGGAGGGCUACCUAGAACAUAUAAAGGACCUCCAUGCGCAGUUCGGACAGGAAGCAUGGGGCAUCAUAUACCGUGCAGAUGUCAGGAUGAGAAGUGAGUUCCAAGAGCGGAUCCGCAGGGCCCUGGAUGAGGACCCAAAGUAUGGGUAUACUAGGGCCUCUCCAUGGAGCUCAGUCUUUGCGGCAACGGUCAGGGAGUCGGACUUUUGGUCCAAAGAAGUGGCGACGCCAGCCACGCUCCUUCUGGCCCGUAACAAACAGCUGGCACCUGAAGAGAGCAGCUCUCAAGAGGGUCGCCCACAGAAGCGCAAGUCUCGGCAGCCAGAAGGCACGCAGAAGAAGAAGGCCAAGCGCAAGUACACAGGUGAGGACAGAUCACGCUGGGACGCAGAACAGUCAAGGUAUUCCUUGAACCGAAAAGGGAUCCAGAUCUGCCAGAAGUACAACAGAGGCGCCUGCGGAAACGGGAAGCCGCAGUCACGAUGUGAGAACAAUCGUUCACAUCAAUGUGACAAGUCCCCUGGAGGCACUCAUCGGCCGGCAGUGAAGAGACCCAGGUCAGAAGCUGCCCCGAAAAGGGCGAGCCCAGAGAAUGAAGCUGCUUCACACCACAAGAGGCCGAGGCAAGACAGAGACCGGAAGGCACCAAACCCAAGAGAGGAGGAAGAACCCGGGAGCUCAAGUGACUCCAGCUCAUCGUCCACAUCAUCAUCCACUACGGUACAAGCAGGGAGAGAAAAGAUCCCAUCAAUGCCGCUGUACGCGGACUACAAGUAUGGGGCCACCAACCUGGACCCGCAGCUGUGGGAUGACAGGCCCAGGGCCCUCCUGCUCUUCUCAGGGCGUCCGAGGGAUGGAGACCUUACCUCCUAUCUUCAUCACAUGGGAUGGAUAGUGGUGGUGGUCGACAAGCAGGGGCCAACUGCGGCAGACCUUCUGGACACGGAAGUGUGUCGCAAGAUCUUCGCGGAUAUCAGGGCUGGAGUCUUCGACGUAGUGGGCAUGGCUACACCUUGCGAAACGGUGUCCCCACUGAGGGAGAAUCCGCCGGGCCCGAGACCACUCAGGUCCCUACAACAUCCGGAUGGGCUGCCUCUCAAAAGCCUUUCCUCAGAGGAGAGAAAACAGCUCAAGGAGGCAAAUCAUCUCAUCGAAUUUUCCACACACGUGACGAGAGAAGUGAGGCGCAUCAGAGCGGCCUACUGGAUAGAAAAUCCAGACCACAAGGAGAAGCUCGACAUGUGGAAAACGAGCUGGUUCAAAGAGAUGACUGGUCACGCGCUGGUGGAAAAGACGUUGUUUGACCAAUGCCAAUUUGGAGCAGAAACAACGAAGCCCACAAGGAUUCAGACGGACUCCCUUCCCCUUGGACAGAUCAAGGGGAGGAGGUGCAACCAUCCUCCGAGGGAAUGGACCAGACCAAACGGAGAGACCUACGUUUCACCACAUGAGUCCUUGGUCCAGAGGUGGAGUACAGUCAGAGGAGAAAAGGAGCGAGCAUCCAAAGCUCUGGGUGAGUACCCGCCAGCCUUGAACAAGGCCUUGGCAGAGGCGAUGGAGAAGGCGGACCUUCCCCGCGUGAUGAAGCAUCGCGAGGGGUCGGGCGCUCCCCUAGGCUUCACCGAACCCAUUCCUUGUACGGGCAUAUUCCCCGUGGUUAAGGAGGUUGAAUGGGAAGCGGAGGACGCCUUGGAAAUUUUCCGAAAAGGGGGGAAGCCAGCGUUUCUAGCAGUGGACAUCCGCGAUGCCUUCCACAACAUUCCAUCGGGUAAAGAGGCCGGUCAUUGGACGAAGACAGCUACAAAGUCUAGCAGGCGCGUUGUCUUCGUGGCGGGAUUGGUCCCUCUCAUGAGACCUUUCUUGAACUCCCUGUGGGCUGCACUGGCAACGAAUGACGGUCCGAAGCAGACCAGAAAUGUUGUCCAUGUGCGCCGCAUUGGGAUAGCCUUACAGUGGAUAGACGCCUUGCUGGGAGAAAAGGAGGGGCCCGUAUAUGGGGCCGUCGACCCCGGGCAUCCCGAAGCAGCCGCACCAUUGGCACAGCCAGGUGUCAAGGCUUACGCUAGGGGCUCGUUAAACGACGCCAUAAGGCCUCUAGGCAAGCCAGAAGGGCGUGCCAAAGGGGCCAAACAGGCGCAACCUUUGCCGAUGAUCGAGCUAGCGAAGCUGAAAGUUCACAAGGACCCAGCAGCUCCUGGAGGACCAAUUUUCCCGAUGAGGUCCGUCAUGUUGGCAUCAUGGUGGCUCCUUCGUGAAAUCGAGGCAAGCUCGGCAGAGAGGUCGCACAUCGAAAUCGACAAGGUCCAAAGACUUAUCCACUGGAAGCUUCCAUCCAGUAAGGCGGAUUGGCAGGCCUUGGGCGCAACUCGAACGCAUUCUUGUAAUUGCGAACAGAAUGCCCGGCAGCCAGAGUGUCCAUACCAUUCCAUGGUGGAGCACCUAGAGGCAGUGGGAGCUAUCAGCGAUCGCUGGGUUUUCCCAUCAGCCACAGGUGAGCAGUCAUCCAAAUGCGGAUGGGCCGACACCAUGCAAUGCAUGGCACAGCAGCUGAAUCUUCCUACGCACACAGACACUGGGGCAAGGAAAUUCACCGGACACAGCGCUCGGGCAACUAGCGCAGUGUACCUGGCACAGACCCAGAUUGAACUCUGGAGGAUCCAGCUAUUUGGGCGCUGGGGUUCGGAGUGCUUCAGGAUAUACAUCCGCGACGCUCCACUUCAGCAGCUGCACUCCUUGGCAAAAGAAGCUUCUCUCACAACUUCUUUAGCAGCAGCCCGGGCGGAACUUUCUGCGAUCCUCAGCCAGGCGCAAAAUUGUUCCCCGCCAGCCGCAGCAGUUUCCUUACGGAACCAGUCCGUGGACUGCCUUGCGGACUGCGAGGCUGCAGUGGAUAUUGCUCCGCAAUUGGAGCAGCCACCUUCAGUGGAGUUUGUGAUUAACAGAUCUGCCUACGGCAAGAUCCACAAGGUAGCCUGUAGUGGACCAACACGUCCUCACUACCUAUGGCGCACCCAAUGCAACUGGUAUUUUGCACGUGGUCACGCAGACUAUGCACUUGCAAGUCAAGCGGACCCAGACAAGCCAGAAUGCAACAAAUGUUUUUAA